AUGUCAUUAUUGGAUUUCAUUCCUGGUGUAUCUCAAGUUAAAAGUUUAGUUCAUCUUGCCGCUGGUGAUGAAGAGGGUGCUAAGAGAACUCAAGACAGAUUUUUUACCAAAACCCCUAUUGUUGCUCAUUGCACGGCCGGUGUUGCAAAAGUAUGCGGUGACCAUGCCACGGCUAAACAAUGCUGGGAAGGAGGAAAUAGUAGCUUGAACUCCUUGCCUGUGGUUGGACACACCAAAGGUUUACUACAUUAUGCCGUCGGCGAUGUGAAAAAUGGGAACAAAGCCAUGGAAAUGGCUACAAGUACUUCGCUUAAUAUGAUGGAUUCGGUUCCAGUCGUUGGUCAUGCUAAGGCCGUGGUUCAUUACGCUUUGGAUGAUAAAGAAGGCGGUGAUCGUGCCAUGGUAUCAGCGACCAGGACAACGGCAGUUACGGCAGCCGGUGCUCUUGGAUUUGUAAUCGCUGGUCCUCCUGGAGCAGCGCUGUUAGGUAUCGAUGCGGGUGUGGGAUAUGAUUGUGCAACCAUGGCUGUAACCGAUGGAAAACAAGUGAACGGAAUCUGUCAGAUUAUUGAGAAGCCCACUGACGUAGACUCAUACUUCAACGCAGGUAUGAGUGUGGUCGGCGAUGGUUUGACCGGCUAUGCAGGCGGUAAGGUGGCUGAAAGAUACAUGAAGGCUCCAGAAAUUUCAACAGCAGAAAAUUUAAGAGCUAUUCGACAGAAAAAAGGCUUUGCAGAGAAUAGCAAUGUUGCUACAGGAAAAAAUGGCAAGGAGAUUUUCUGUGAAGCAAAGGAUAUGCAAACAGGUAAAACUUAUUCUGGUGUUAAUGAAAGUGUACGAGAAAUAUACGGUGAUCCUGCUCCACGCCCUAACGAAUUUCUUCGACAGCAUCCAAAUAUUGAGACUCCGCUGAAACGUCAUCCAGCUAGUUGUGCCGAAGCACAAGCACUUCAUAAAGUAGUGGAAAGUCAAUCUGGUCCCAAUUUAUCCACUGCACAGGUUCGACUUACUACAGUGGAAGUUAGACCCAAUGGUGAUAUUUACUCAUUACCACGUUGUGAAAACUGCACUGCUUACAAGGAUGUUGUCGGAUCAUGCACGACUGACGUUAAGCCAUUUCGAGUUCCAAGAAGCAAUGAAUAUCUUACGAAAGGUGGAGCUGCCUAUGGCACUGCAGCUACUAUGGCAGCCAAGCAUGCAAGGCGAAGACAUAUUGAUUAG